UUGUAUUUCAAAACACUCUCGGAAAGUUUUUUAUCUUUUGAUAUUUGUGUCUCAAAAUUUUUUACUGCGAGUGAGAAAUUGAUUUUUUUUAUUCAUUCAAUUCAUUCCUUUGAGAAGUUGUAAACAAGAGAGUUGAUCAUGGCUGUUUCUCUAGGAUGGGAUUCGUCAAAAACUCAUAGUAGUAAAGAAAGAUGGAUAUGCAUUUAUCCUCUAUAUUUAAAUAGUAAAAAAACAAGAGCAGAAGGUAGAAAAUUACCAAAGGAAAAAUGUGUCGAAAAUCCAACUCAUCAGGAAAUUCGUGACGUUUUAUUGGCAGUUGGUUUAAAAGUUGGUGUUGAAAAUAAACUUCAUCCAAAGGAACGUAGCAAGGAAUUAUUGUAUCGUGGUAGAAUUCGAGUACAAUUAAAAAAUGACGAUGGAACACCAUUUAAUUCUGAAUUUCCAACGAGAGAUUCGGUUCUAUUGUACAUUGGCUCAUCAAUUCCAAAAUUAAAAACUCGACAAAAUAAACAAUCAUCCACUGAACAAACAUCACAGCCACAAGCAGUUGCUAAGAAGGGAAAAGGAAAGGGGCGUAGGUAAUAAUUUUUUCAAGGAAAUGGUGAAAUAAAUAGACUUGAAAUAAAUUUGAUAAGAAAAAGGGAAUUUCAAGAGUCAAUUUCAAUUCUUUUUUUAAUAGAACUUUAAUAAUAUUGAAAAUAUCAUACUUCUCAAUAAGAACAUUUUUACGUUUUCAUCGUUCAUCUUAUUUUCGACAUUUUAAAUGUAUUAUAUAAUUAUAUUUUGUAAUUAUAAUUCAUAUAAUUAUAAAUGAUUUGUUGAAUGAGAAUUAUUGUAUAAAAGUUCAUGAAUCGAAAGGGGUAAAUAGUUUUCAGCAUUGUUUGAUGAUUUAUAAUGAAACAGUUUUUACUUUAAUAAUUGUUAUUACAUUCAUAUACCUAUGUGUAUAAAGUAAUCAAUAAAUAAUCUAUAUACAUA